UUUUGUUGAUGACUUUAGCUUAAGCAACCUAAGAGACCAAGAAUUGGAGCAGGAAGGACUGAAAGAACAUUGACUGUGGGUGAGGGAGCUUCCGAAUUCUACAAAGGAUGUGAUUUAUGCAAAGAUGGUAGGAUUCAAGCUAAUGAGUUGUGGAGGAUAUCCACAUACCCUGCAAGUGCUCAAGGUGGUGUUUCUGUAGUAGGGACAGCAGAAUUAAAUGUUUGCCAGUUCUUCAGCUCCCAUAGUUCACUGCUGGCAUCCUAGCUUAACUUGUAGAAGGACAAUUGUUUUCCACUGAUACGACAAACCCUGAGCUGUUUCAUCUGAAGUGCAGGCAGAGAGAGGACACAAGUGUCAGGUGGGAGUGAGACAAACACUUGGCAGUAACAUAUUAACUGUAAUACAUAAAUAUACCAGAGCUCUUGAGUCCAAGCUUUGGUAUUUGUCCUUAUCCUUGUAGUCUGAUUUGUUUUCAUGAUUACACUUUAAAAACUUUCAGAACUGGUAUAAAGUAACUUUUAAGUUGUUUUGAACUCUAACGAUUAUUAGAACAAGAGAGAGAAAUGCCUUUAGUUUCUAAUCUAGGAACUGUCAGUGCUGUUGUGCAUACCCAAGUGUAAAUAAUACAUUUGUUUGUCAAAUAUUAGGAGGUCUUAGAGUGCUUGCAGUAGGGAUUUGAAAUCCUUGAAAUGAAGUGUGAGGUGGGCAACAAGAUUCUUCUGUCUAGCUGGAUGACAAGACUCCUCAGAAAACAACAGAAGAGAGAAUUGUAAAUCUUAAGUAGGCAUGUACCAUUGCUGUUUCUCCCAAGACUUGACAGGAGAGCCACACCACUGUGCUUUGAAAGAGACAGUCAGGAGGAACAAAUGGCAAGAAGCUAGAAAUGAGACCUCUUCUAAAAAUGUUAUUAAAUAGUCUUAGAGAGGGGAUGAAAAGAAAACAAUGUUGUUCUCUCUGUCAAAUGAUAUUUAGUCAUGGGGAACUUCAUGAUACGUUCACUGGAAGAACAAGGUUCAGGCUACUCAGAAUGGCUCUUCCAGGUAGCUCUGUCUUCAAGCAGGCAGCUCUUAGACUAGCUGAGGUGCCACAGCAGCUAGGGACUCUAUUGUCAAGUAUUAGACAAGCAUUUUUUGCAAUUUCAGUUUUUUGUUCUGCCUCACUGUUUGUUGAAUGUUUUUGCCUUGGUAUUUUCUUUAGUGACACCUUUUGAGUGGCUAGGUAUACAGAAUGGUAUUGUAUUCCAUUAUGUAUGGCCAUUCUUAAGCCUAGGGUUUCUAGCACCUCACAGUUACUCAAGCAUACCUAAAUAAUACAACACACCUUCCAGAAGCUGUUCAGGUCAGGCUGGGUGUAGCAUACGCAUCUUCAAAAGAAGUGCCUAGUGGGGUCUUACUAGCCAGAACAGUACUGUGGCUUGCAACAGCAUGGGAGGGAUUUUUCCUUAUGAUCUCCUGAAUGCCAAGGGAGUUACCAUGAUUUUCCUUAGCUCUACUUUUAGUUACUGCAGCAGAAACUGCUAGUACAGGAUUCUGCACUAAAAUAUUUCUAUUCUCUUGCCUUUGUUUUAUGGCGUUUUUACAGCUCAUUAUCAACAGGAAAAUAGCUAUUUAAACAAAAAAGUGAAAGGUGAUAAAGCACAAAUAUCUGUCUAACAUGCUCUGGGGUCUAUUCCCUGCUGCUGAGACCUAUGAUAAGCUAGUUCUGUUGUCUUGCUCUGUUGGCUGAAAGUAACCCAUGGUGUGACAAUGAUGAUAAAAAUUCCAAAUGUUUGGUUUAUGUUUAGGCCUGUAAUACAUUAUUUUGCUAAAGCUUUAUUCCUUAUCUUGCUUAACUAUUGCAAGUCUAAAAAUCUUUCAUGGCUCAAAGAAUGUGAUUCUUCCAUGUGUCCCCACUGCGUGUCAUGUGCUGACAAAAUGAAGUACUAAAGUUGCAUCCUUACUGUGCAAAUCCACAGAAAACGCAUUCCACAAAUCAGCCUUUAUUAGUACGACAAAUUUAUAAUCAUCCAGAAGUAGCUGAAUAGAUUGCUUUGGCACUUCUAUCUGUUUUUACUUCAAUAUGGUCUUACAAGCUCUGGCAUGAAGAUAGCUAUAAAGCAGCUGGAGAAUGGAAAAUAUCUGUUAAAAAUCAAAUAUGACAUGUUCAUCCUGGAUAGGAAUGUGCUUCUCAGUUAUACAACUAUCGUUCUGUAUUUAACUGCAUUUACAAGAUUUGUCUUGUUACCUUCUUGGGAGUUCACAGGUUAUUCGACACUCCCUCAGGCUAUAAAUUAUGGGUACAUGCCUACUGAAGUGUGAUUUAUUAUUCUUAUAAAAAAAAAAAACAAACAACUUUGCAUCCCAUGUUUCGCUGGAAAGAGGCUUCUUUGUGCACCAAGCCUUUAAAUUGUGAGCAGCCACUUACUGCUUUCACUUUUUUGGAUCGUGUUGCUCAAGGAUCUCAGUCAACUCCUCUCACCAUGAAGAGUUUUGCUCUUCUUUUCCUAGUAGUGAUCUGUGGCAUGGGAGGAUUGGGACAGAAGGUGAAGCCAAAGAAAAGAAGCAAUGGUGAAGAAAUAAAUUUUCGGACUAAAAACAAAGAUGUUUGCACAAUGAGCAUGAGUGGGGAUGAGGAGAUGAAACUUAGAAUUGAAUGCAGAAGCCAAGGCAUGUCCUACUGGUGCGAAUUCACUGGCAAGCCAUCAGUCUGUCGUGCUUUCAGAAACAAUCCAAAGAUUUACUGGAAUCAGAUUGCUGUGGAACUUAGAAAGCUCCCGCAUGCUUGUGAAUCCACACAAGUGUUGAAGACCACCAUGUGCCAAAAGGCUCCCACAGAGGCCCUCAUGAAGCAAAUAGCUGCUGGUAUGGAGCCAGAAGAUCUAGCAAACCAGGACAAAUCAGUCCAGAAAACUUCCACUUCUAUGAGGGGAGCAGGGAAAAGCUCUGUUAAGAAACUAGGGAAACCUCCAAUACUGCCUCUGAUAAAACCAACCCAACAUGGUCAAGGGUCUGAAAACGAAACGGAAGCAAUGAAACUGGCGCGGGAACAUUGCUGGGAAUCCCUGCAUGGUUUCUGCUCCUACAUUAUUGGCAUCUUUAGAGGUUAAGGAUUUUCUUCAGAGCAAAAUUUUUACAGCUGAAGAAGGGUCCGUGCUGUAGUUUAAUAACUUAGAUGUAAGAAUUUUGGUUUAAAAAUUAGUCAUCUCUACAAAUCUUGUAGCUGUUUUCUCUUUGCACCUGUAAAAUGAAACUUUUUAACAGCCCUGAAAAAUGCAUGAAACUAGAGUGACUGUACUUAAAGUGUUAGAAUGAACUAACUGUUCCGAGGUCUGUUACACACCAAGGCGUACUGCAUUCAUGUAACCAAGGUUCCACUUUAAGAGUGCUGACCUUGAAUAGGUUUUUGUGUGUGCUGAUUCACUUCAAUUUGUUAAAGAUGAAAGCUGUAAAUGAUGCUUCAGUUAGUGCAAACAAUAAAAAUAAGAUUUUUGAAAACAUAUUCAGUGUGCAUUCUUAAAAUUUUAAAUAGUGCUAUUUGUAUAUAGUCAUGGUAUUUGAUACUUGUUUCUUAAGAGAUUGUUGGUA